CACAUACACACUGUCUGAUCAAUAAUUAUAUGCUAUCAUGGUAGGCUACUGUCCAAUCUGUGGAAAACCUGUCUACUUUGGUGAGAAAAAGAGGUCCCUAGGGAGGGACUACCACCCUCUGUGUCUGAAGUGUCAAAAGUGCAACAGACAGCUCACAGCUGGACAACAUGCUGAGUAUGACGAGAAGCCGUACUGUUCACACUGCUACCUGAAGAAGUUUGGUCCAAGAGGUAACAGGUGACUGGUGUCGCUGUGGCAAGGUGCACCCCCCCCCACAGGAACCAGAUGAUGGACAGACAUCAAUAUGUUGACUAUCCAUUAUGCAUCCACAAAAUUAAGUAUUUGUUAU